UAUUUGUGGUGUUUCCCUUAUCCAUUAAAAUCCCUUAUUCUGAUCGUCUUCCAGUAAUUCCAAUAAUACAUCCAAAACAUGGCCAAAAAAUAAAAAUCAGGAUAAAUUUAGCAACUUCUCCGCUAAUUGCUAUAGCAAUCUUACUAGCUACAAAAAGUAUUGAAUUUCAAGUAGUAGUAAUAGGGUUUGUAGGUGGCAAGGGGAUUCAACCAUAUA